CAGCAAUCACCUGCUCUACUGACUGAGCCCGCCAGGCACCCCAACAGUUUCAAUUCUUAAAUCUAUAAUCUAUUGAGUUAAUUUUGGUAUGGGGUAAACACGAAUAUCCUAUUGUUUCAAUGGCAUUUGUUAAACAUUUUAUUAUUUUUUUUUAUCAUGCUCAUGCUUGUCUCUAACUUGUUGAAUAUAUGGAGUAUAUAUAAUAGUAUUUUUGGUGUACUGGUCCACCAGGUCUCCCCUUUUGGCCAUUUUUGUCUGUUUCUCUUGCUUGAUUUUUUCCCCCUAGCUAUGGGUCAUAUUUCCUUGCUUCUGUGCAUGUCUGGUAAUUUUUGAUUGGAUGUCAUAUAUUGUGAGUUUCAUAUUGUUUGCAGAAUUUUCUUUUAAUUCCUUUAACUACUUUUGAGGUUGGUUCUGGGAUGUAACCAAGUUACUUUGGAACAGUUUGAUUCAUUGGAGGCUUUCUUUUAAGCUUUAUUAGGUGGUGCCAAAAGAGUCUCUUGUCUAGGAUUGUUUUGUCCCCAUUUCUGAGGUAAUCUUCUCCUGAGACCUCUGCAUUGCAUGAGACCAGGCAUAUUAGAAGGUCUUUCCACCCAGGUUAGUGGGAACGCUGAACUAUUCCUGAUCUUUUGUGAGCGCUAGGAAUUGUUCCACCUGCUCCUUUCUAGUGGCCUUGGUAGUUUCCUCACAGCCCAUUAGUGCUGAGCCAGAGACUCAAAGGAACCCUCUGCCUCUAUAGAGUGAGUUUUCCCUCUCUUCUCUGGUAUACUGCCUGGCAAGUGUUAGUCAUCUUUUCUUCCUCAGACUUUGAAUUCUGUAUCAUUAACUCAUCAACACUGCUAGAUUCUUCGGGUUCCUUCUCCCCGUGCUGUGGCCUAGAAAGUCUCCAGGCAGUGAGCUACGGCACAUAAGGGUCUCACCUUGUUUCCCUUCUUCUCUGACUUCUGUGUGAGAAAAUUGUUUAGGCAUGUUUCCUUUUUUUUUUUUUUUAAGUUGGUUAAGAUGAAAGGAUAGUUCAUAAUUUGGUAGUUUUACCUGGAAUCAGAGGUUCUAUCAAUUCCAAGGGUUUGUGUUUUAAUCCUUGGUCCACCCGUUACUGUGUGGCUUUUAGCUAGGUGCCUGACCUUUCCUAUGGAAUAAUUAUAGUUUACCCCAUAGGAUUGUGAGGGUUAAAUGAGAAAAGAAAUGCUUAAAACGGUUCCUUGCAUGUAUAGGAACCUGCUUUUAUUAUUAUUUCCAUGCCAAACAAAUCUUUCCUUGAAUCCAUAGAUGCUGGCUUCCUAGAAUGAGGCACUUCCUAUAAAGGACAAAGUAGAUCUCAAGUCUAGAAGUUCAUCCUUGCUGAGGAUACCCUUGAUGAGACACCUGAAUGCUGAAAAUGACCAAGUCCCAGGGCUUGUUGUCAUUCAGUGAUGUGGCUGUGGAUUUCACCUGGGAGGAAUGGCAGCUACUAGAUACUGUUCAGAGGAACCUCUACCGGGAUGUGAUGUUGGAAAAUUAUAGCAACCUAAUGUCUUUGGAAAGACCCCUUCAAUGUUUCUCAAGAGGAAUACAUUUGAAACAAAAGUCAGAUUCAAAAUUUCAGAGUAAAAACUAUGCAGAAAUGAAUUCUGUUGAAUUAAACAGCCAUGGGAAACCAUUUUUCCAUACUCUACAUGAAACCGGCCAUAUUGAGGCCCAGUACAGUGAACAUAAUUUGUGUAUGAAGACCUUCAGCAUGGUGAAAAAUCUUAAAAGACAUCAUAGAAUUCCCACAGAAGGGAAACCUUAUGAAUGUAGUGAGUGCCCAAAAUCCUUCAGGUAUAAGUCAAAGCUCAUAAUACACCAGAGAACUCAUACAGGAGAGAAGCCGUACAGAUGCCCUGAAUGUCAGAAAGCUUUCAGUACAAAAUGUCAUCUCACUCUACACCAGAGAACUCAUACAGGAGAGAAACCUUAUGGAUGUAUUGAGUGUCCGAAAUCUUUCAGAACAAAGUAUCAUCUCAUUCUACACCACAGGACUCAUACAGGAGAGAAACCCUAUGAGUGCAAAGAGUGUGGAAAAGCUUACAGGGAGAAGACAAAGCUCAGAUUGCAUUGCAGAACACAUACAGGAGAGAAACCUUUUGAGUGUAGUGACUGUGGGAAAGGUUUUAUGCAGAAGUCAAACCUGAUUAUCCAUCAAAGAACUCAUACAGGAGAUAGACCCUAUGGCUGUAGACAAUGUGAAAAGACCUUCUGUAGUAAGUCUCAGCUUGUUGUUCACCAGCGAACUCAUACAGGAGAAAAAUCGUAUGAAUGCAAGGAAUGUGGGAAAGCCUUCAAUAAAAACUCACAUCUCCUGACACAUCAGAGAAUUCAUAGAGGAGAGAAACCUUAUGAAUGCAGUGAGUGUGGAAAAGCUUUUGUAUACACAUCACAGCUUAUUGUACAUCAGAGAAAUCAUACAGGAAGAAAACCUUAUGAAUGCAAGGAGUGUGGGAAAACCUUCAAUAAAAAGUCACACUUCAUAACACAUCAGAGAAUCCAUACAGGAGAGAAGCCUUAUGAAUGCAGUGAAUGUGGAAAAGCUUUUGUAGACAAUUCACAGCUUAUUGUUCAUCGAAGAACUCACACAGGAGAGAAACCUUAUGAAUGCAAGGAAUGUGGGAAAGCCUUUAAUAAAAAGUCGUCCCUCAUAACACAUCAGAGAAUUCAUACAGGAGAGAAGCCUUAUGAAUGCAGUGAAUGUGGAAAAGCUUUUAUAGACAAGUCACAUCUCAUUGUCCAUCAGCGAACUCAUACAGGAGAGAAGCCCUAUGAAUGCAGUGAAUGUGGAAAAGCUUUCAUACGAAAGGCAAUGCUCAUUGUCCAUCAGAGAACACAUACAGGAGAGAAACCCUUUGUAUGUCUUGAAUGCCAAAAAGCCUUUAGCAGUAUGGCAAUGCUCAGUAGACAUCAGUUGAUUCAUACAGGAGAGAGACCCCAUGGAUGCAAUGAAUGUGGAAAAGCUUUCCGCCAAAAAAGCCAUCUCAUUAUCCAUCAACGGUGCCAUACCGGAGAGAAACCCUAUGGAUGUGUUCCAUGUGGUCAGAUCUUCAACCAGAAGUCCCAGCUCAUUAGACAUCAGAGACGCCACACAGGAGAGAAACCGUAUCAGUGCACUCAGUGUGGAAAAGCCUUUUUUGAGAAAUCAUACCUCAGUGUCCAUCAGAGAAGUCACGCAGGACAGAAACCUUAUCAGUGUAAUGAGUGUGGGAAAACAUUCUCUGUCAAGUUCUUUCUUACCUCACAUGAGGAAAUUCAUACAGGAAAGAAAUCUCAGGAACACACUGAGCACUGUAAAGACUUUAGUGAGAUGUCAGAUCUCACUGAAUACAAGAGAAAUCACACAAGACACACUCUAUGAAUGCUGUGAAAGUUAGGAUACUUUUGGUUGGUGUCAGUUUCAGAAAACUUAUCCAGGAGAGAGAUCUUUUAAGUGCAGUUAAUAUAAGAAAAUUACCUACCACUAGUGUAGCCUCAUUUCAUUGGAGAAAGGCAUAUGAAUGAGAUGAAAAGUCAGAAUCUUUUCUUGACAUGUGAAAUCCCAUUAUACAUCACACAGAAGUGAAACCUGAAUGCAACAGAUGUUUUUGAUGGGUCAUCCUCUAAUAGUUUUCACCAAGGGAAAAAAAAACAACAACUCACAAAUGUUGUGAAUCCUGGAAUACUUUCCAAACAGAUGAGCUUUCAUACCAAAGAAAAUAGAAGACUGAAGACUUGCAAUGAGGAAUGCCUCUGGCAUGAAGUCUAAACUUAAUAUGCAUCAGAUAACACUUAAGGAGAAGUAGUAUGGUGUAAUGAUGCUGGGAAAGGUUGCUUACAUAUAAACUUUAUAACAAAAAUUUCGUUCCUGUCCAUUGCCAUUUAUUUAUGGAAAAUAUAACAUGAAGUAGUCAGAGCAAAUAACUUCGGUAUGCCAAAGGACACUUUGUUUCAUGUUUGAAUAUAUUGGAUAGUCAAAACAGUAAGUUAAGAAUGGUCCAAGAUGAAUGUAUUUGUUUUGUGUCUGAGUAUUUUUGUAGUACAUGUAUACAGUAAUCUUCAGGUUUCAUAAGAUCAUGAAAGAAAGUUGUAUACCACAAAAUUGUUUGUAAUGUGUAGUAUCCAUCAAGAAAUGCCAACAUUGUACGUUUUUUAAUAUAUAAAUUGCAAGGGAAGUAUUUAGGCUUAAGAUUAUGAGCUUUUUAAAAAUUCUUUACUGGUUUACAUAGUGGAUCUGGUAAUAAUUUUAGCCCUUUGGAAUAAUAAAUUUUUUGAAACAAA